UGGAAGCGGUGCUUUGCUAUAUUAGCAGUGAGAACACUCCCUUUCUAUAGGUAUCUCCAUCCACUUUUGUCUAUUAUAGCAAAGCACCGUCUCCAUAUUGUGCUAUGAGAAGUGAGACCGCCCCCUUCUAUAGGCGUCUCCAUCUCAAUGAUUAGAAAAGCACCGCCUCCACCCCUCGUGCUAUCAGCAGUGAGACCGCCCCCUUUCUAUAGGUAAGAGAUAUCACUGGCCCAUCCUGUGUUCACCACCAGAAGGGCUGCUGAGGACCCCUCUAUGGCAUGCCGCAAGGAGAGCUGGGAAAUGAUAACCUACUGCCCUUUCUUAACCUACUGCCCAUUCUUAACCUACUGCCCUUUCUUAACCUACUGCCCAUUCUUAACCUACCGCCCUUUCUUAACCUACUGCCCAUUCUUAACCUACUGCCCAUUCUUAACCUACUGCCCUUUCUUAACCUACUGCCCAUUCUUAACCUACUGCCCUUUCUUAACCUACUGCCCAUUCUUAACCUACUGCCCUUUCUUAACCUACUGCCCAUUCUUAACCUACUGCCCAUUCUUAACCUACUGCCCAUUCUUAACCUACUGCCCUUUCUUAACCUACUGCCCAUUCUUAACCUACUGCCCAUUCUUAACCUACUGCCCAUUCUUAACCUACUGCCCUUUCUUAACCUACUGCCCUUUCUUAACCUACUGCCCUUUCUUAACCUACUGCCCAUUCUUAACCUACUGCCCAUUCUUAACCUACUGCCCUUUCUUAACCUACUGCCCAUUCUUAACCUACUGCCCUUUCUUAACCUACUGCCCAUUCUUAACCUACUGCCCUUUCUUAACCUACUGCCCAUUCUUAACCUACUGCCCAUUCUUAACCUACUGCCCAUUCUUAACCUACUGCCCUUUCUUAACCUACUGCCCAUUCUUAACCUACUGCCCAUUCUUAACCUACUGCCCAUUCUUAACCUACUGCCCUUUCUUAACCUACUGCCCUUUCUUAACCUACUGCCCUUUCUUAACCUACUGCCCUUUCUUAUGCUACAUCUAAACUGCACUGCAACCACAAGACCGAAAGUCGUGAAAAGAGUCACGGAGCGUCCAGACAGCCCCAUAAGAAGUAAAGAAAGAUCUUUUUUUUUUAUUACGGCAUUGAGAUGGAUGUCCAGUAUAUAUAUAUAUAUAUAUAUACACACAGUAUGGGCUUUUAUUUUACAUAAAGCCAACAGUAUGACUUUACUUCUCCUUUAAACUGACUCUACAAUUAGACCCCCCCCCCCCCCAAAAAAAGAAAUUGCGCUGCAUUUUCUUGAAGAGCUUUGAAUCUGUUCUCUAUUAUUCUUAUUAGAAUGUUCCAAUUAUAAAAAGUAACAACAUUAGCGAACGAGACGGAGAAAUGCAGUUAUAAUGGUACGAUAGGAUUUCAAAUACUAAAUUCAUUAGCAAUCAAAAUAAAGAAAGUAAUAAAUUAGCCGGAAUACAUUGUUAGCCUUUGAAGUGUAAUUUAGGAGACGGAUUCCCUUUUCCCAGAAGUCGGGGUCGCCAAGUCUUUUUUUCCUUUUUAGAAUGUCAUCCAACACAAAUUGGAUGAGGAAUGCACAACUGGUAUGUGACACAAUAAAACAAAACACUAAAUAAACUUCGUAUGUUAUCCGCCGGGUAAUAUUCUCAUGGCCGGGGCCACAUGAAAUGCCGUUCAUAUUUUAUUUUAUUUUUUUCGGAUGAAUGAGAAUAUGCGAGUUUUGCCUCCACGGUACGGAACGUGGGUCCCACACAAAUGUCAUUCCUUCCCCAUGAACUCAUGUUUUCGCUCCUUUUGGUGAGUGAUGGUGGAAUGUUUCCUACACCAACGCCUCACGCAAAUUCCUCGCCUCCUGAAAAUGUUUUUGUCGUCUCAUACCACAGAUUCCCCAACGGUGGGCAAACCCAGAGAUAUAGACCGUAUCAGUGGCUGGCCUGUGUUAUUACAUUACAUCAAAUGAGAGCAGGGCAGCCAUCAGAAAUUUUGGGGCCCCCUUACACAGCUUUAGGCCUGCCUCCCCCGAGCCUGACCACUAACAUUCCCUUAGGGCCUACCCACUGGCCGUACCACCGAAUCUGCUCACUGACAUCCCAUUCCAAGUCCCACUCCUCCUCCUUCCCAUGUCCUCCUCCUCCUCCUCCUUCAGUCCCAUCUCGCCAUAUCAUGUCCUCCCUCUUACAAUCCCUUCUCCCUCAUCCCAUGUCGUUCUCCUCCAUCUCAUGUCGUCGCCUCCUCCUCCAUCCCGGGGGGGGGGGGGGUCGGUGGAAGCUUUCCCCUUCCACCAAUCCCAGCAGAAGUGCAUCCCAAGCUGUCUAAUCGGCGGCGCCUCUGAGGAGUGAGCUUGGCGUUGCCCCGGCAACCAGGAAGCAUGGCAGAGUGGCCGAAAGGGACUGUCAAUCAUCCAGCCUUCAGGCAGCGGGUGGAAAUACCUUGGGGGCCCCAAGUCACUCGGGAUAUCCGGGCCCCUUGGCAUGCCCGGGAACCCUUACAUGAGUGUGGGCUGUACCUGAUGGUGGCCCCCAUACUCAUGGUGGGCUGCAUUCAUCAUUUGGCACAUGCACAAGGUUGGCUAUCUAGGGUUAGAAGUUCUGAUUAGAAUACUGUCAGUGUACAGAGAGCAGAAAGACUAAAAUUAUGAAACGUCUUUUUGAACUUCAAAGGGGAACUUGACCUUUUAGUGAAGUGGCCCUUUUCCCUUCCCCAAGUGGGAGCCAACUGUCUAAAUAUCUUCAACCCCCACCCUGAGACCUUUACUCAAAGCCUUUGCAGAAGAAUAUACUGCCCAUGCUCAGCUCCUACUGCACAUGGGUGCCACUCAAUCCCAUUCAUUCCUAUGCCUUCUCAGUUCUCAUGGUGGGCUCCAUCUUCUCAUGGUGGGCUCCAUCUUCUGGGACAUGUGGGAGGUUGGCGGUCUAGGGCUCUGAGAACCAUUAAUAUACUAUUACACAUCUAUAAUUCUAGCAAUGAAACCAUCUGACACCUCAGGGAGCGGAAAGACUGAAGUUCAGAGAGAUGUUCAUAAUCUAAAAACGGGGGACUUGACCACUUAAAAGGACAACUUCACUAAAAGGUCCUUUCCCUUCUCCGAGUGGGAACCAACUAAGAAUCUUGAACCCUGCCCCAUGUCCUUUGCUCUGUGGCCCAGAAGAAUGUGUUGCCCUUGCUCAGCUCCUACUGCACAUGGGUGCCACUCAGCCUAUUUAUUCCUAUACCUGGUCCAUGCUCAGGGUGGGCUCCACUAUUUGGGAUCUAGGGUUAGGAGUUCCAAGUAAAAUACUGUCAAUUAGGAGUAUUCUAUCAAUGAAAUCGGCUGACACUGCAGAAAACUGAAGUUCAGAAAGAUGUUUCAUAAUGUAAAGGGGAACUUGACAUAGAGAAGUUGCCCUUUAAGUGGUCCAUUCCCUUCUCCGAGUGGGAGCCAACUACCUAAAUAUCUUCAACCCCCGCCCUGAGCCCUUGUUUUCUAAGCCUUUGCAGAAUAAUGCGCUGCCCAUGCUCCUCUCCGACUGCACAUGGGCGCCACUUAGCCUAUGUCUUCCUAUACCUGGUCCGUACUCAUGGUGGCCCCCAUCAUUUGGGAUAUGCAGGAGGUUGGCUGUGUAGGGUUCUGAUGACCAUUAAUAGACCAGUAUUGUAUCAAUGAAAUCGUCUGACACCAGAAAAAUGUUUAAAAAAAAAAUGUUUCAUAAUGUAAAGGGGAACUUGACUUUUAGAGAAGUUGCCCUUUGAGUGGUCCAUUCCCUUCUCCUAGUUGGAGCCAACUACCUAAAUAUCUUCAACCUCCGCUCUCAGUCCUUUCUUCAAAGCCUUUGCAGAAUAAUGUGUUGCCCAUGCUCAGCUCCUACGGAACAUGGGUGCCACUUAGCCUAUGUCUUCCUAUGCCUGGUCCGUACUCAUGGUGGCCCCCAUCAUUUGGGAUAUGCAGGAGGUUGGCUGUGUAGGGUUCUAAUGACCACUAUUACUUGGCCAGUAUUGUAUCAAUGAAAUCGGCUGACACCCCAGAGAACAGAAGACUGAAGUUUAAAAAGACAUUUCAUCAUUUAAAGAAGAACUUGACGUUUAGUGAAGUGGUCCCUGAUAUGGUCCCUUCCCUGAGCAGGAGCCACCUUCCUAAAUCUCUUCAACCCUGCUAUUGAGUCCUUCACAAAACAAAAAUGUCCUGGCAAUGCCCACCUCCUCCUACCAAUGGGUGCCACUCAACCCAUUCAUUCCUAUAGCUGGUCUGUACUCACAGUGGCCACCAGCCAUCCAAUGGAGUACGGCUCCAACCACAGUGUCUAAGUUUUGCUUAAGGCCUCACAAAGCCUACAGCCGCCUCUGUCCACCCUCGUUGUCUGCACUGCAAUGUAUUUGUCUGGAGAAUAUGAGAGAACCUGUGAGCCCGGUGUACCCGGACACUGUGCUUUGCGGUGGGCUGGGAGCGAUAACGAAGCUGCUUUGUAAAUUGGCAUAAUUAUGUCAUUUGUAAAUAUCAUGUAUAUAAAAACUAGGAUGUAAGUUUAUGUAAAUUGAUUUGUAUUUUACAGAUAAAAACUUGUAUCUCAUCUGCA